UAAAUAUAACCCAGACGGCUCAGAACUCCUCAAAACAAAAACACACGUGCUGCACGCCGGACAGCUGAAGGGCACUCAUUCAGAUCAACAGAGAUGGAUGACUUCGAACAGGAAGACGUAAACGAAGACCUGAUUGAGUUUGCCAUUCAAGAGAGCAUUCGAGAUGCCCACAAGCGCUCGGAACAAACGAACAGGAAAGAGCCAAACAGCGAGGAUUUUGUGAAGAUUAUGUCGGCCAUUCACAAAGGUGACGCUGAAGCGCUACGGGAGUUGUCAGGUAGAGUUUCUGCCUUCACGGAGAGCGACAGCAGGGGCUGGCAGCCUCUGCACGCAGCGGCUGUGCAGCCACAGCAGGAGAUCCUGCACGUGGUGCUGCAAGUGUUGACAUCCAGAGACGUGACCCUGGAGGAGCAGACCGAGGAUGGGGACACGGCUCUGACUCUGGCAGCUGGGGCCGGCCAAGUUGAGAACGUCAGCAUGCUGCUGCAGCACGGAGCGUCGCCACAUAAUACCAACGGCAGGAAUGAAUCUCCUCUGCUCCUCGCGGUGAGACUGAGCUCAUAUGACAUGGUUUUAUCGCUCAUCAUGGGUGGGGCCUUCGUGGGGCAGGUGUGUCUCACCAAGUGGACGGCCACCCACGAAGCUGCAAAGGUGGGCUGCCCGGCGAUCCUGAUGCUGCUGCUUCGCCAUGGAGCCAAAGUGACGGCCAGAGACGGUCAUGGUGUGACACCCCUGGGGGUGGCAGCUGAACAUGGCCACGCUGAGGCUUUGGACGCACUCAUACAGCAUGGGGGUGAUGUGAAUGCCCAGGCCAGCAAUGGAGACACGGUUCUGUAUGAUGCGUCUGGAUCUGGAAACUUGGACUGCAUCAAGCUGCUUCUGCAGCACGGAGCCAACCCGAAUGUAGCCAGCUAUGCCUGCCAGCUGCCCAUCCACAGAGCCGCCUAUGAAGGACACAUACUAGUCCUGAGGACUCUCAUCCCCAUCACCACCAAGAGAGCGAUCCGUCUCUCAGGGCAAAGCCCCGUCCACUCCGCGGCAGACGGGGGUCAGGCCGAAUGUCUAGAGCUACUUAUCCAGAGAGGUUAUGAUGUCAACGCCCUGCUAGACACGCACAUCUCUGAGAACUACGGGGACCUCAGGAAGUCUCCUCUGUACUUCGCUGUUUGCAACAGUGAUUUGACCUGUGCUGAGAUGUUGCUGGCAGCUGGAGCAAAAACUGACCUGGACCCACUGCGCUGCAUCCUGGUCGCUGUACGAGCUGAGAGGUACGAGCUGGUGCAGCUGCUGCUCUCAUACGGGGCAGAAGUGAACUGUUAUUUCAGAGUGAUCAGCAACACGGUGUUCCCCACAGCCCUGCAGUACUGCCUCAGAGACAACGUCAUGCUGCGACUGCUGCUCAACAGUGGAUAUCACGCUUACAAGUGUUUUCAGUGCUGCCACGGUGACAGUGAGGAAAUGGAAAGCAGCUGGACUGACCCCCAUAACCAAGCAUACCGGAUUUACAGUCGACCUAAGGUCAUCUCAUUCUGCGAGUUUGUGUCGGUGUCGUGGCUGGCACAUGUGGUGGGCAGCGUUGUGAGGAUGCUUCUGGACUACGUCAACCACGUCAGCAUCUGCUGUGACCUCAGACGCGUCCUGGAGAUGAGGCCGGAGUGGGAUGAGAUUUCUGACAUACUGAGCAAGCCCCGGUCUCUGCAGCACUUGUGUCGACUGGUAAUCAGGAGUCGAAUGAGCCUCAGGAUGCUGAACAACCCUGAAGCUAUGGCCGCUGCUCCUUUUCCUCCUAGACUGAAAAACUACCUGACCUACCGAGAGUACGACCUGUACGGCGAUCUCUCGUGAAGCACAUUUUAACUGUACCUGUGACUGAAACACAAAUUUAGCCAGUGCUUAUUUUAAUACAUCUCAUUUCCUUUUUUCCUCAAACAGAUGGUGUAUUUUAUGCCAUCUGUGCAAGCUCCGUGCCGCCGUAUGGUCACUUCUAUCAUUCUAUUUGUGUGUGGACUUGUAAAAAUGCCAUUAAUACAAGUAAGAAAAUAAAUAAAUAUGCAUGUUUACUUUUAGAAAGAGACGUCUCACAAACAAACUGCCACACCUGUGUUUUCACUUGUCGCUAACUAGGAAAUCUGAUGAGGUCACUACACUAUGUGAAUCAGUCAGCGGGAUUCAGGUGAGCAUCGUCACACCAAAAAAGACACUUAACCCUUUGAUGGCCUUCCGAUUGGUCCGCUGACAACCAAUCAGAGGGCCCUUACUUUUGCUGGAUUAGACAAACGAUAGCAACAUGUUCAUUCCCAUAGAAGAUGCCGAAAACCUGUAAUAAUAGUCUAAAGAUGAUGUGGAUGUAAGCUAGCUUGGCAGACAUUGAAAAAACGACUAGUCUUCUAACUUUUUUUCAGGUGUAUGAUUAUUUCCAUCAGUGUGCUGAUGUUUCUCAUGUUUCUUACGUGUGUUGAAGAAUCACAAUUGGUCAGGUUAGUGGUGUAAUUAAUGUUAAGUACAGCACCGUUUGGCAAAUGAAGUGAAAACACCAGUGUUGACGGACAAUAUCAUUCUCACUUUAUGUUGUAUUUACGUGUGCACAGUAAGUAAUACUGUGACUGAAACAUAGCAGUACAUUUAUUUUUGAUAAAGACUGUUAUUUUGAAAAACCAGCCUGUGUCUUUGGAUCUG